AUGCAUUUCCAGUCCCUCGCCAGCGCUCUGGCGCUCGCCGGAUCCACUGUCGCCUUUUCGGAUUCUUCGCCAUUCGUUUUCCUGUCUACGUCGGCUAUUGACAACGCCCCUUCAUCAUCGACCGUUGACCAGAUACAGACCAACGCCCAGGUCGAGGGCCUAGCCAAGUCCCUUCUUCAGACGUGCCCUACGAAGCGAUACCUAGUCGUCGACCAGCCCGGCCUCACGGCCGCCUCGCUCCGCACCAAAUCCGAUGGCUGUUCUAUACCCAGCCUGUGCGAUGCCAUCGUCGAUUCGCGCAACAAAGUUGGGUACACCGUCUCCGAGGUCAUUGGUGCCGUCCAGCCCGGUGCCAUCUCUGAUUACAUCAAGAGCACCUGCAGCGACCAGGACGUGUCGGUCGUGCAGCUGACGAAUGCUGCCCUACCGGAGAACAACGCCGUCCUCGGUGACAAGCUUGCCAGCAUCAUGGCUGACGACAGUUACACCGUCAUCUUCAUGUCUAGCCCCGAGGAGCCUACGGUGUACGACGCCGAAUUUGAAGAGCCUGUGAAGAUGGAGCUCAAGAAGCGUGUGCAGAACGACCAUAUCUCGCGUCGUCAGGACUCAGACCGUGAUACCCGCGCUCUGUUUGAGAAAUACCAGUUCUUCACUCCUGGAGUCUUCAUGGGCCUCAUUGCGACCAUCAUCAUGCUCAGCAUCCUCGGUGUUGCGCUCACGGCCCUGAACAGCCUACAGGUCUCCUACGGCGCCUUUGCCAAGGAUAUGAGUCCCGCUGCUCAAAAGAAGCAGCAAUAA